CUCGUACACAUUCCUCUCUUUGUCUCCAUCUGUCUUUAAUUUCCCUCCCUCUUCAUUACCCAAUUGAAAAUGCCGAAAGAUGAGCAGAAACCUGAAGGCAUAGAAGAGCCAAAACUACGUCGUCAUGAUUCCCUUGACCUUGAAUCAUCUAACGUUAAAGGCCACCAUGGUCAUAGCAACACGGAUAAUCUUAGUUGGACAGCGGUCUUGAGUUUGGCUUUCCAAAGUAUUGGAGUGAUAUACGGAGAUAUUGGUACUUCGCCACUCUAUGUUUAUGAAAGCACAUUUUCUAAAGGAAUCAAAAGUAAAGAUGACAUUUUGGGAGUUCUUUCUCUAAUUUUCUAUACAAUUACUUUGCUACCUUUGAUUAAGUAUGUAUUUAUUGUCUUGAGAGCCAACGACAAUGGAAAAGGUGGAACAUUUGCUUUGUAUUCUCUUCUAUGUAGAAAUACAAAGGUUGGUUUACUUCCCAGUCAACAGGCUGAAGAUCAAGAAGUAUCAAAUUACCAACUUGAGUUACCAACCAAAUGCAACCAAUUAGCCAUUUCAUUGAAGCUGAAGAAUUUUUUAGAAAAAAGCUUAAUUUCAAAGUACACUUUCUUGCUUGUCACACUGCUUUCAACUUCUUUGGUGAUUGGAGAUGGUGUUCUCACUCCUUCUAUCUCUGUAUUAUCAGCUGUUGGAGGGCUAAAAGCAGCUUCACCUGUAUUUACCGAAGGAAGGGUUGUAUGGAUAUCAGUUGCAAUCUUGGUUUUGCUAUUCUCAGUUCAGAGAUUUGGAACAGAUAAAGUUGGAUACUGUUUUGCUCCAAUAGUCAGCGUUUGGUUUGCUUUUAAUGCUGGUAUUGGUGUCUAUAAUUUCAUCAAAUAUGAUCCUACGGUUAUCAAAGCCUUAAAUCCAGGGUAUAUCAUUGAUUAUUUUAAGAGGAAUGGAAUUGAUGCUUGGAUCUCCCUUGGUGGUGUCUUUCUUUGUGUUACAGGAACUGAAGCAUUAUUUGCCGAUUUAGGUCAUUUUUCAGUGAAGUCUAUACAAUUAAGCAUGUCUGGUAUUGUCUACCCUGCUCUUAUGGCAACAUAUUUUGGACAAGCCUCUUUCCUGCGCUUGAACCAAGAUAAAGUUGGCAAUACCUUUUAUGAAGUCAUACCAGGUCCAUUGUACUGGCCAGUAUUUGUAUCAGCAGUUCUAGCAUCUAUUGUAGCAAGCCAAGCCAUGAUUUCAGGGACAUUCUCAAUCAUACAACAAUCUCUUGCAUUAGGAUGCUUCCCAAGAGUCAAAGUUGUUCACACAUCACUCAAAUAUGAAGGACAAGUUUAUAUCCCUGAACUUAACUACAUCCUUAUGUUGGCUUGUGUUGUUGUCACCUUCGGUUUUAGAACUACCGAAAAGAUCGGUAAUGCUUAUGGUGUUGCCGUAGCAUUUGCGGAGACAAUCACAUCAUCUUUCAUGGUGCUUGUGAUGAUCUUAAUCUGGAAGUUAAACAUAAUACUACCAAUCAUAUACGUAUGUUGUAUUUUAUCAGUAGAAUUAACAUACUUGAGUUCAGUAUUCUACAAAUUUCCUCAUGGUGGAUACUUCCCAAUAGCAUUUGCUAUUGUUUUACUUGGAUUAAUGUUCAUUUGGAAUUACGUGUAUCGUAAGAAAUACUAUUAUGAGAUGGACCAUAAAGUAUCUCCGGAUGCUCUAAGAAAUAUCACUAGCAGAAGCAAUCUUAGUCGGAUUUCUGGAUUGGCAAUAUUUUACUCAGAACUUGUUCAUGGAAUUCCUCCUAUUUUAGAGCAUUAUGUGGAGAAUAUACCGGCUUUGCAUUCGGUCCUGGUUUUCGUAUCAGUUAAGUCUUUGCCUAUAAGUACAGUUCCACCACAAGAGAGGUUUCUUUUCCGUAGGGUUCAACCAAGGGAUGCUUAUGUCUUCCGAUGUGUGGUCAGGUAUGGGUAUACUGAUUCCCGCAACGACGAAGAAUCUUUUGAGCAAAUUUUGAUGCAUAGACUAAAGGAGUUUAUGAAAGAUGAGUUUUAUAUCCAAUUAAGUAAUACCCAACUAACACAAAAUCCUCAAAGCGCAAUAGAAUGGUCUGGAGAGCUUGUAAGUGAUAAUGUUCAUCAAAAUGAUGAUGAAGCUGAAACGAUAAUGUGUAGGGCUAAUCAAGAAGCCUUAGACAGAGAACUCGGGGCGAUCGACAAAGCUUGGAAUGAAGGAGUUGUACAUUUGAUGGGGGAGACUGAAUUGGUAUCUCACAAAGGAGCUAGCAUUUGUAAUAAGUUUGUGAUUGUUGCAUUCAAUUUUUUGAAGAAGAAUCUAAGACAAGCUGAUAAGGUGUUUCAUAUUCCAAGGAAGCAUUUGUUAAAAGUUGGAAUGAUAUAUGAACUCUAGAAAAGAAUGGAAUUAUAAUGCUAACUAAUUCUAUUUUUGUGUGGAUGUAUGGAAGAUUAUUAAACUUACUCAUGGAUAAUGUAUUAUCUAUUUGAAAAUGGUUAUACCAAUUAGUUUUAUUUAUGUUAUGUUUGGAUUUGUGUGAUAGUUUCAAAGUAAUACAAUAUGUUUGAUUUGAUUGGAGAAAUA